AUGUCAGCCCAGCCAUCGCCACAGGGGACCUUGUCCACCCAACAGCUCCAAGAAAUGGGGCCCCCCUACCCCCCUCAGGGCGCCAGCCUCGGCGGCGCGCCCACAAACUCGGUCGACACGCCCCUCUCAUCCGUCUUCAUCGCCCUCUUCGCCGCCUCGGCAGCCCUCAACAUGAUCAUCUUCCAGCGCAACCGGCGCCGCGGGCACAAGUUCGUCCUCUCGGGCCUCCUCUUCGGCUUCUCCAUGGCCCGCAUCAGCGCCAACGUCAUGCGCAUCGUCUGGGCCAACUACCCGCACGACGUGUCCAUCGCCAUCGCCGCCACCAUCCUCACCAACGCCGGCGUGCUGCUCCUCUUCAUCGUCAACCUGGUGCUCUCCCAGCGCAUCCUGCGCGCCCACCAGCCCCGUGUCGGCUGGAGCAAGCCCGCCUCCCUGGCCUUCAAGCUCCUCUACGCCGCCGUCGCCGCCCUGCUCGUCAUGGUCAUCGUCUCCACCGUCUACGGCUUCUACACCCUCGACGCCCACGUCCGCUCGCAGCUGCGCGACAUCCAGCUCUUCGCCGUCACCUUCCUCGCCGUCCUCGCCUUCCUGCCCAUCCCCAUCGUCGCCCUCGCCGUGCUGCUGCCGCGCCACGGGCCCGUCGACCACUUUGGCACGAGGGGCCGCAUGCGCUCCCGCGUCCUCCUCGUGCUCUUCACCGCGACCCUGCUGGCCUUUGGCGCCGGCUUCCGCGCCGGAGUCGCCUACGUGCGGCGGCCCGCGAGCAACCCGGCCUGGUUCCACCACAAGGCCGCCUACUACUGUGUCAACUACACCAUUGAGGCCAUUGUCGUCUUCACCUAUGCCCUGAGCCGGUUCGACCUGCGGUUCCAUGUGCCCAACGGCGCCAGCGAGCCGGGCCACUACUCCAAGGGCGUCGAGGGGGGGGCCGGUCAUGUGGCUGCCGACGGGAAACGGCCGAGGACCGAGACGGACGACGAGGACAAGGAGGACAAGGAGACACGGGAUACUGUGUAG